AAGUUAUAAUGUGUAGUAUUUCUUAUUCAGUACUUUAUUGAUUAGUUUUAGCAAUAUAUAAACUUGUCAGUGUCCUAGUUCACAAGAACUAUGUCAAGGAUAAAGGAUCGGUAAAGAAAAGUUAGACAUAUAUGAACUUAUAUUCUUACAAUAGAGAGGCUGGACCAUCUUAACAAAGUUUUUCCAUCGAUGUAAAAAAAUAACACCAUACUCUUUAUGGGAACUAUUCUUCACAUAUUAGCAGUAACUUAUCAAUCAUCAUUAACAGUCCCAGAAAGAUUUUUAAAUUACAUAUAUAUUCAAUGAAAUAUCGGUCGUAAUGAGAGCUUUGAACUUAGUACUUUUAAGAUAUUGCGUUACAGUAGCUUUGCCAACAUACUUAUUUUGUCUUAAUCACUUACUAGGCGUAUCCAUGGAUCAAUCUAUUUCAAUAAAUUUUAAAGCUUAACGGUGCUACAUCACAUACAUAUUUGUGUUCAAAUAUAAGGAAUAAAAGCAAAAUCUUAAUUCGGGGAACAUAAUGUUGUGUAAAAUUACGCAGUUAUUUUUAAAUAGUAGUAGGUAUUUUGUAAUAAAGAUUCAAUGAACUAAAAAAAAUUAAAAUUAUCUAACCGUUAGUUCGUCUGUAUACAUCAUAUAUUUUAUAACUGCUAUUAUAUACUGAAAGAUUUAAAUAUUUAUUCAAUAUCAAUCAAACAGCAUAUAGGGACUAAAUAGUAAUUAUAAAAUAAAAAUAUACUGAUUUACGCCAUAAAUUAAUAACAAUUAAGGGGAGGAAUACGAAAAUAUAUUUUUAUGACAAAUCAACAUUUCUUGUGGGUUUUUUUUAUUGUUCAUUAAAACGAAUACUUUGACAAAAAACCUCUUUAGUUAAAUAUAAAACUGGGCAUAAUUUUUUAAAUUCGGAAUUAAAUGUUGUAUAUACAUUAAGACUUGUAAUUCCUAAAUUAAAUUUUAAAUGUCAGUUAACUAACGUCUAUUGUCUUUUUACGAAUGUUAUAAACGCAAAUUGUUGGAGCUUAGAUAUAAAAUAAUAUUGUGAUGAAAGGGUACAUACAUAUAAUUUAAAGAGUAUUUCAGCAUUUUCACAAUGGUGGCAAUAUUAGAUUAAAUAGAAUGAAAUGAAAAAUGGAUUUGAAAAAAAUACCAAAAGACGUCCAACGUUUGAUUUCUGCUUCCGCUUACAUAAAUACAUUUACAAGAGCAAUCGAAGAACUGAUUUAUAAUUCACUUGAUGGGGAUAGUACAUCAAUUGCAAUAAGAGUGUCUAUAAAGGAAAACUUUAUUCAAGUAAUAGAUAAUGGAUGUGGUAUCAAAUCUGAAAAUUUUUGUCUUCUAGGACAAAAAUAUACAUCAAGUAAAUAUAUUGAUAUGUGUACAUUGAAAUCUGCCCCUAAUAAAUAUGGUUAUCGUGGUUUAUCUUUAGCAAGUGUUAUAGGAAUUUCACAGACUGUUUUAAUUACGUCAAGAUAUAAUGAUUCUGACUCAACAUGGCUAAAAACGUUUUGCAAUGGAACAGAGAAGAAUAUUUGUAUUGUAUCAACAAGACCAUCAAAAGGCACAACGGUAGAAAUCAGAGGAUUCCUAUACAAUCUUAACAUUCAAAGAAAAGCAAUAAAUCCUAUAAAUGAAUUACAAAACAUCAAAUCAUCUUUAGAGAAAUUGUCAUUAAUUCACUGUGAUGUAUCUAUUAGCUUAAGGGAUGAUUAUAAGAAUAAGAUUAUAUUUAAAAUGUACAAAAAAAGAGAUAUUUAUCAAACUUUAUGGUCUUUAUUUGAUAUUAAUAAAGAAGAUGUUCAAGAAUUGCAAGUUGAAAAAAAUAAUUAUAAAGCAAAAGCAUUUAUUGCCAAUGAAAAUAUAAUGAAAACCAGAAAUUUGAAUCAUCAAUGGGUCUAUUUAAAUGGAAAAUUUGUUACAAAAUCUGAAAUACAUACAAAAAUAAACAGAGUUUUUAAAAAAACUUUCCAUAAAGUACAAAAAAUUACAAAAAUUAAGAAUAAUAUUGAUGAAGACCAUAACAGUGAUAUACCAUUUUAUUUUAUAUUUAUAUCAUGUCCAUUUUAUGAUUUUGACAUAACAUAUAAGCACAAACAAACAAUAGUUGAGUUUAAAGAUUGGUCAGAAGUCAAUAAACUUAUUGAAAAACUGAUACAAUUUUACUGUGGUGACAUAAAAUUGAAGGAAACAUUUAAAGAGAAUAAUUGUAGUGAUAUAGAUAAUACUAAAAUGAAAGUUAAACAAAUUAUUGAUAGAAUUCUUCAUAACAAUGAGAAACAACCAGAUAUAAACUGCAAACAUGGUGUUAAAGGCAAACACAUAAAACGUAAGAGAAAGACAAAAAUUCAAAAUAUUCUCAAUAGUAGUCCACAGAAAAUAAAUAAACCAAAAACGGUUUCUAGAAAUUAUAACUUAAAAGAAAAAUAUAAUACUAAAAAUAUUAUAACAAAAAAAUGUGACCAACUAAUAUUAACGAAAAGUAAAUCUAAAAAAGAUCUUAAAAAAGUACAUGACAAUGAAAGAAGUAUUAAAAAGAAAUCAAAAUAUAUCGAUCAGAUUGCCCUUAAAUUCAAAAAUUUAACCGAUAGCGUUAGAGAUAGACGUAAAAUAUUAUCAUCGGAAGCACGAAAUUUAAUUAAAAAGAAAGAGUCUAAUACUGAAACUAUUAAAAUAACUUACACAGCAGAGUAUAACGAAACUUAUUCGUAUUAUAAGGGGAAAGACGAAUUAAAUAUUGAUUAUAGAUUUGUUAGUAAAACCGAUAUCAGAGAUAGUGUGAUGAAAAACAAUAGCGUUUUAAUUAAACCUAAGACGUCGUAUGAUCUUAUCAAACCGUUUAAUCAGUUUGAUUAUCAGAUAACAAGAUUCCCGGACACACAGACUAUGCAAUGUCAACAAUCUUCUCAUCAUUUAUUCGAUCCUGAAACAUUUAAAUCAUUACAUCCGAAAAUUACAUUUGACAGUCACAACUGUCAAAAUUAUGCGAAGACAAGGAACAUAUUCACAAAAAAUUUAAACUGUGCAAACACAACUGAUAAAAUACAUUUGGAUGAACACGAUUCGAAUAUUUUCCAUGAAAAUUUAAAAAGAUUUAGUGAUAACGGAUACUAUGAUGAAAAUAGUUUAAUAAAUUAUAAUAAUGAGCAAAUGUCGUAUACGAUAAAUAGUGAUACCAGUAAAAGAAUAAUUAUUAGUAAUAAUUCAUAUUUAAAUAAAUAUAUAGAGACAGAAACUAACGCAGAUAAGAUUAAUUUAUUCGAUUUGAUCGAUAAACAAUUAUCGAAUAAAUCAAAUUUAAAGACAUCAUACGAUAAAGAAAAUUUUCAAAAUAAAAGAAACAGUAGUUUUAAUAAACCAUAUCAUGCAUUGAUAGCUGAUAAUAUAAGACAAAACAAUGGGAUAGAUUUAACGUACCUAAGUUACAAAAACUAUCAAAAAAAAUAUACUAAUACUGUACGAAAUAACACAGAAAGGGUCAAGUCAAUAGGCGACGCACACUAUAAAGAAUUAUCCCAAAAUUUUCAUUCUGUAAACUAUUGUGAAACGAUUUACCAUAGCAAUGAAAUUAGUUUCGUAGCCGGAGACCUCCAAAAUCGUAAUAAUUGUGUCAAAAUAAGUCCUGAUGAUUUCAAGUCGCCUGAAGAAACUCACAAAGAAAAUUCAAAUCUCUUUUUGAUAAAUAAUGAAGAUAUUCAUCACGAUAAUAAUAUAUUUCAAGAAGCAAAUACUAAUACGGAAUUACACCUUGUAGUAGAAAAUCCGGUUCAACACUUAAAUAGUUAUCAAUUUAUAAAGAGCCAUGGCUUCAAGAAAUCAAAUAUCGCAAUAUAUUUCGAUGCAGAAGAUUUUCCGAAUAAAGACAAAUUUAACCUCAAUGAAACAUAUUCCGUAAUAAAAACAAAUAACUUAAGGGAAAACAAUGACGUAGAUUUGAAUUUAAUGAGUAAUAUAAAUUAUACACAAGAUUAUAAUCAAAACGAAAUGAAUAAAAGUGAAUUGAAUGAUAAUAAGGAAUUAUCACAAAGUUUGGAUCCUAUGAAUUAUUGCGAAACGUUUUUCCGACGCAGCGAAAUGAGUGACAUUGCCAAAGAAUUUAUGAACAGCUUCAACAUAAAUACAAACGACCUGGGUUCUAACGAAUGUGAUCCUAUUUCUAAUGCUCACAAUGAAAAUUUCAAACUUAAUUACUCCAAUGAUGAAAAAAUACAAGACGAAGAAAAAAUAUCGGAAAAUUCAAGCACUAAUUCGGAACUGCACAGCGCAAAACAAAUUGUGGAAGAUUUAAAAACUUUUGAAUUGAAAAAACGUCAUGACUUGAUGCCGAAAGGUAUGUCCCAAGUCUACAAGACUAGACUACAAAAACAAACUAAUAUAAGUAUAUCUCAAAUCGACUAUUACGAGAAUAUAAUGUAUGACAAAUUUGCAGACGAUGUUUUCGUAAAAUCUAAAAUAUUUGCACCAUCGAUACAGAAUGCUGAAGUCAAUUCAAGGAAAUUAAAGAAUUGUGAUAUUAGAAAUGAUGAUCUAAUAUUUAAUGCCACGUCUUUGAGACAAGCCAAAAUUCUAGGUCAAAUAGAUCGUAAAUUUAUUGCCACAAAAAUGAACGGGAAGAAAACUGAGGUUAAUGUAGAUUUUUUGGUACUUUUCGAUCAGCACGCGGUCGAUGAAAGAGUUAAACUUGAAAGGAAUUUAGCGGAAUACUUUGACGGAGAACUCUGGCGUAGCGUUAAAGUAGAUUCAAUACCACUCAAGCUGAAUGAAAACGAACUCGUCUAUUUGCAUAACCACAGACAUAAAUUCUCGCAAUUCGGUUUACAGUGGACAUUUCAAGAGAACAAAAUAUCGAUCAAUUCUAUACCUAAAGCAAUUAUAGGCAAAAAUGCCAGACAGGAGCAAAUAGUUCUUAAAGCUGUUCACCGUCUGAUAUUAGAACAAAUUGAUGUCAUUGAAACGAUUGGUGGUAAUCUGAAUGUAUUUCCCAAAGCAAUUAUGGAUCUUGUUUUCAGUGAGGCUUGUCGGAAUGCAAUUAAAUUUGGCGAUAACGUAUCUCUAAGUGAUUGUACAACUUUGCUUAAGUCACUUUCAUCCUGCAAAAUCCCAUUUCAAUGCGCACAUGGACGUCCUGUGAUGACAGUCGUAAUGGAACUUCCUAAAAACAUUCGUAAUUACAGGGUGGACAAGGAAAAAAUUAAACAAUUCAAAUCACGUAAAUCUAAUUCGAAUAAAUAUAUUGCUAGACAUUGACAAUAAUAUUUUUAUAUAGUCACUGGCAUCUAUUUACUACAUGAGCCACACGAAACUUUAUCCAUUAUAUUUUGUAUCCAUGGUAUAUAAGGCUGUAUUCUGGUAUGGACGUCUGGGAAACCGACCGCACAUGGUAUUCCCCAGGAAACUAUUCCAACCAGUUUGUUAUCUUUAACCAGUGGUCCACCAGAAUCACCCUGGAAUAGAUAUUAUUUUAAAAUGUUGAACUUUUCUUUUUUUGUUUGUAAGGAACUUAUCUACUGUUUAAACUCAUUACAACGUACACAGUAAGAUAAUUAAUUUAAUUAGACAGAUAAUAAGAUAAUUUUUCAGCUAGUUCCAUCAAAGAAUCGUCAACAGUUUUAAGGUUUUCAUAUAUUAUGUUAUAAAUUAAUUUAUGGGUAGGUGAGAAGACAAAUAUAUUUGUUAUUUCUAAACGCAAUCAUUGCUCUUAAGACCUUAGUAUAAAAUUUUUGUUUGUUUAUAUUUUGAUUACAUUAUUGACGUUGAAUUAAGAGAACAUCAAAAAUGUUGGACGCUCACACCUAUAGGUAACAAAGCAUGGAACGUUGUAAUAAAAUAAGUAUGACUAUUCACUACGCUUAGUGUUCUAUUGAGUCAUUGAUAAAUCGACGUUGUCAUCCGGAAAAUAUCUCCGUAUAAUGAAAUAUAAGGUAAAUGUGUUAUAUAGAAAAGGUCUCUGAUGGAAACGAUAUUUAGAAAAUUCAGAAAAUCCCUUACGUGGCAAGUACCCUGUCCAAUUCCUGUGAACGUACAGAACAUGCUGUCAUAAAUCUUUCUCGUGUAUCGCAUUGCAUACUGACAAGUUUCCUGGCUGAAUACUGUCAGAUUUAAAGCGUUCAUUUUGCGGGCUGAUUCUCCAUUCGGCUACAAAAUAAAAUAAUUUGAUACGUUUA